AUGUUUGAUCAGUAUCAGUCUGUUUUAGAUGAGUAUGUUAAGUUAGGAUUUAUUGAGGAGGUAAAGUUAGAAGAUAACUCCUUUGAUCCAGUUGAUGGCAUUAAUCAUUAUUUACCUCACCACCCAGUUUUUAAGGAAUCUGCUACGACUCCAAUUAGGAUAGUUUUCAAUGCAAGUAGUAAGGAGUCACACUAUGCAAAGUCCCUCAAUGAUGGUUUACAUGCGGGACCUAAUCUGGCAACGAAAUUGACAGAUAUGCUGCUGGAAUUUCGUCAGAACAAAUGUGCUAUAGUAGCAGACAUAAGUAAAGCUUUCCUUAGAAUAGGAAUUAAUGAAAAUCACAGAGAUUUCACAAGAUUCUUAUGGUUUGCUGAUAGAGAUUUUAAGCAUGUCAAGACUUUUAGAUUUAAGGUUUUAUUGUUUGGAGCUACUUGUUCACCUUUUCUGACGGAAUCCAAGACAAUCACAAUUCAUUUGCAAAACCAUUCAGAUCCAAUCGGGACAGAUCAGUCAAGGAAGUCCUUUUAUGUGGGAUAA